CUCGUGCGGGUCGGGGUGGGGUUCUGUUCUGUGGAGCUGUCGGUCUCUACCUGGACUUAGAAGAAAGAAGAAAUCUUUUCUUAACCCGGAGGAAGUGUCCGGAUCCUUAAAUAAUUUAUUUUUCCAAUCUUUUGUGAAGAACGAUUAUUUUUUAUAUCUUUAGCGAAAGUUUUAUUUUUGAAAUACUGUGAUUUAUUUGGCCCUCAGUACAUCUGCUUCAUCUCACCAUUCCAGAAUGGGUUUGACCACAGAGAAGAAGGACAGAUGUGGGACAGUGUGCCUGAAGUACGUCCUGUUCAUGUUCAACUUCCUGUUCUGGUUGGCAGGGGGUGCUGUGAUGGCUGUAGGUUUGUGGACUCUAGUAAAGAAGAGUGACUACAUCAGCCUGCUGUCCUCCAGGAUCUACGCCGUCUCGGCUUAUAUCCUGUGCCUGGCUGGGGCCAUCGUCAUGGUAACGGGGGUUCUGGGCUGCUGCGCCACUUUUAAGGAGAAAAGACGACUUCUGAGAGUGUAUUUUGUCCUGCUGAUGUGCAUCUUUCUCCUGGAGGUCCUGGCUGGUGUUCUGGCCUACAUCUACUACCAGCAGCUGAGCGACGAGCUGAAGAUGAAUCUGAAGAACACAAUGGUGAAUAAAUAUAAACAGCCGGAGCAGAACCACAUCACAGAGGCUGUGGAUAAAUUACAGCAAGAGUUCAAGUGCUGCGGCAGUAACAGCUCGUCCGAUUGGAAGGACAGUGUUUGGUUCAACCAAAGCGAGUUCAGGAACAGAGUCGUACCGGACAGCUGCUGUAAGACGCUCACGGAUCUGUGUGGAAGAAGAGAUCAUCCCUCAAACAUUUACAAAGUGGAGGGCGGCUGCAUCACUAAGCUGGAGAAUUUCAUUAUGGACCACUUAAAGCUGAUUGGUGCUGUGGGAGUGGGCGUGGCCUGUGUACAGAUUGUGGGGAUGAUUUUCACAUGCUGCCUCUACAGGAGUUUGAAAGCAGAGCCGUACUGACCCGGAGUCUUUAUCUGACCCGGAGUCUUUAUCUGACCCGGAGUCUUUCUCACGCUUUUCAGAUUUUAACGUACCGGACGUCAUCACGCUGUUAGAACAGAGAGAAGCUGGAUUGUUUUUCUGCUGAUUCAGGAACUGUAAGUGUGUGUAGAUGAAGAGAAGCAGUGAGUGAUCAGAGUUUAGAGAAAACUUGAAACUGAUGUCCUGCGUCUCCUGAAGCUCCUUCCAGUGCCUUCUAAUGAAAGAAUGAAUUUCAUUAACCCUUUAAUGACUGACUACUGUUUUAUAUAUGAUAUCCAGUAUAUGGGAUAUUUAUUCGUUUUACGUAUUCUUUAUAAUUUAUACGUUUUUUAUUAUUUUCCUUUCCAGACGUCAGACGUCCAGGAGUUUCUACUCCUGGCUUUUCAUCAUGUCUUGUGUUCUGUGUUAAAAUUAAUGGUAAUCAUGAUUGUGUAGCAGAUCCCUCAGUUAUCAUGUUAGUGUGGAAGUUUGUUAUUUUAGGUGUUUUUAUAAUCAGCAGGAAGAUUGAGUUUUGUAUUUGUAUUUUGUCUUUCAUUUCAUUUUACUUCACUUCUGUAACAGCAGAAAUAAACACACUAAUUUCUUGUA